ACGCCCCUCGCGACGUAAACCCGGAAGAAGAAGAAGAAGCAGCAGCAGCAGGCGACGCAGAGGCUCUGGUGGAGGCCUUUGACGCGCAUCUCCCCCCACCCCAAACCACGCUCUCAUCGCGCUCCUGGCCGCGUCACCGCUGUCGCAUUUCCUCACCGUCCCACGUACCUCGCUGCUGCUGUGGAAGUUAUCGCGAGGCGACCGACAGCUUUUGAGAGUCGCAGCCAUGGACCGCCUGUUUGGAAAGAGAAAGACCCCGGAGCAGAUGCUGCGGCAGAACCAGCGAGCCCUCACGCGCGCCAUGAGGGACAUGGACCGCGAGCGACAGAAGCUGGAGAUGCAGGAGAAGAAGAUCAUCGCUGACAUCAAGAAGAUGGCCAAAGCCGGCCAGAUGGACGCCGUCAAGAUCAUGGCCAAGGACCUGGUCCGCACGCGGCGCUACGUCAAGAAGUUCAUCAUGAUGCGAGCCAACAUCCAGGCCGUGUCCCUCAAGAUCCAGACGCUCAAGUCCAACAACGCAAUGGCCCAGGCCAUGAAGGGCGUCACCAAGGCCAUGGCCACCAUGAACAAGCAACUCAAGCUGCCGCAGAUCCAGAAGAUCAUGAUGGAGUUUGAGAAGCAGUCGGAGAUCAUGGACAUGAAGGAGGAGAUGAUGAACGACGCCAUCGACGACGCCAUGGGCGAUGAGGACGACGAGGAGGAGAGUGAUGCCAUUGUGAGCCAGGUGCUGGACGAGCUGGGGCUCGGCCUCACGGACGAACUCUCGACUCUGCCGGCCACGGGCGGCUCGCUCAGCGUGGCCGCAGGCAAGAAGGCCGAGGCCGCCGCCGCCGCCGUUGCCGACGCCGACGCCGACCUCGAAGAGCGACUCAACAACCUGCGGCGUGAUUAGGGA